AUGAAGUUCGCUGCUCUUUUCGUUACCCUUUUGUUGGCUCCUGCUGCUGCCACUCUUCGUGCUACCACCGACCGCAAAUUGGAGGAUGGAGAUGAGGAUAGUUACCAUGGAGGAGCCCCUGGUGAUGUCAGUGACUAUUUGACAGCUGAAAUUCCUGUCUUCAUCACUGAAACUGUCCCCAGCUGGUUGAACAACAUUUUGUGCUUCUCUGGAGGAUUUGCUCUCAUUUCUUACCAAGACUUUGUCCACAUGGCUCUUUCUCCCCUUCGCAUCCUUGCCAGUUUCUCCAGCAUUUCCUACACUGAGGCUGGAAUCCCCACCUAUGCCUCUGCUGGAAUUGACUUUGCUUUCUGGACUCAGCAACAAAACAUUUUUGUUCAGGCUGCUCUCUUUGCUGUCUUCUUUGUCCUUGCUGGUUCUUCCAUGCUUUUGGAAAACACCUUUGGACCUACCAUGGCUCCUUUUGCCUUGAUGGCUGCUGGUGCUGCUUGGGCCAUGAGUGGCAAGAUCACUGUUCGAAAGCUCAAGUCUGUUUAG